GCAGCGACAUGUAGCCCGCCAUGACCACACCCUUGCUAACAGACUUUCCGGAACUAUCUCAUUUAUCGAGAGAGGAUCUACAGGAGCUCCUCCUGGACCCUGUCUGUUUCCAGGCGAUCUUCCAUUCGCUGAACCAGGUCAAGUCGCUCUACCAGGCCCAGGCUGAACUAGGAAACGCAAACGAGACAAUAGCCAAGAACAACCUCGCGCUGCAGGAGAGCCUGUUCCAACUGCGGAACGACACACAAGCUGCAUUCGAUGAGGCCAAGAGCCUUGAAACGCGAUGGAAGGAGAUUGAGAAAGAACAGAAGGAGGUCUACCAGCGAUUCACUCCGCAAUUCCUCCUGAUGCGUCUGCGCCACGCAACCAUUGCGCAGGACGACAACUCCGAAGCCCGCGCAUCAGAAUUCGUUCAGGCGUCCUCCGCAGAACCAGUGCCGAUUGCCGCGAACGGCAAGGAGAUCGACGACUUCGUGCGCGAGUUCAAGGAGCUGCGCAAGGUGUACCAUAAACGCGUCAUGUGGGGCGAUAGAUGGGCUGCCGGGCAGGUUGCUUGGCGAGACGAUUGACCGCAGAGGUCAGCGGGGAAGUCGUGGCGGAUGUGUCCUCUCACCGCGAAGCUUGUUGUACAUUAUUACAGGUUACAUGGUAUAGAAUGACUGCGAGCGACCAGUUGCGCAGCAACUGUGACGCCACGCGAGUUUGCAGCCAA